CACUCAAGCAAUUUAAGUUAGUGAUACCUCACUUGAUUGACACUUCACUUGACAUUUGAGAACGCAUGAAAGCGUUACUUAAAAGUCGCGAUAAGCGCAUUAUAAACUAACUUAAAUUGCUUGAUUGGUCAGUAUUGUGCUCGGCUUGCCGCGUCUACGCAUAAUCUUGUUAUUAUUAUUAUUAUUAUUAUUAUUAUUAUUAAUGGAAGUGAAGAAUUUUAAGCGAAUCUCUUGUUUGUAAAAAAAAAUAAUCAAAAUAUUAUACGACAAUCACAAUUAAUUUAAUAGCUCUCGUAGAAAACAUUUUCCGGAUUUAACUGAACGAAUUUUGUCAAAAUGACUGCUUUUAAAUUAACUGAAAUGAAUUGCGAUCUACUUGAUGUCCCGCAAAACUAUUCAUUGGCUUACACUAGUACAGCAGAUUUUUUUCCGGAGAAGGGUACAUUAGCUUGGAAAUUUUCAAUAAUAUUUGGUCAAACCGAUCAGUUAAGACGCCAACAUAUACAACGCGGCAAUAUUGCUGUUUUAGAAGAGAAUUCACGUUUCAUUUAUCAUCUUGUAAUCGUAGAGAACAUAUAUCAAAGGACUACUUAUGAAAACUUAGAAGCCGCGAUAAUUUGCAUGAGGCAUCAUAUGCGUAAUUAUGGUGCUAGCAAAGUCGCCAUGCCUCGUAUAUGUUGCGGUAGUGAGGGUUUAAAAUGGGCUCUGGUUAAAGAAAUCAUAGUGAAAGUUUUUGCCAAAGAAUAUAAUACGGAAAUAAUGAUUUGUAAUUAUCAACCGUCAAAGUUCAGCACUCCCAGAUGUCGGAUAAUCGAACGAAGUGCUCACGAUAAAAAAGCUACAGAAAAUUGUUCGGUCGUUCAUUCGAUUAGUGCCGAUUUUGCAAUGUGUCGUAAUAUUAGCUUGCAGUUCAAAUGCAAAAAUGGACGAAAUCAUGAAAUGCUACGACAAGAUCAUCAUACCGGGAGUGUGGCGGUUUUAAAAGAUCAUAAACGUUAUGUUUACAAUUUGGUAACAAAGGAACGUCAGCAUGAGAAAAGUACUUACAUAGCUUUGUUUUAUGCUUUACUAACCACAAGAGAUCAUAUGCGUCAACAUGGUGUCAAAAAAUUAGCUAUACCUCGAUUGGGUUGCGGCAUUGAUCGCCUGGAAUGGUUUCGUGUUAAAAGUAUACUCGAAAUGGUAUUUGCCGACGACGAUAUAGAAAUUACCACAUAUUCACAUGAGCCGCAUAUUUGGGUAGCAAGUCGCGAACAAUUGCAUGUCCAUUGUGUGACAUGUAAGAGAGCUUUCUGACACCAUAAAGCUUUAAAUUGUUUCUAAAAUAUGUAUAAAUUUUUUUUAAAAGUAAACAAAAAGAAAAGAAAUGCAAAUUAAUAUCAAUAUAAGUUGUGACUUGCAUGCACGAAAAACUAAAGUUGUAAAAGAGCCCCUCUCCAUCGCUUUUAUUAGUUGUAAAAAAGUUUUCGCUAUUGUCUCUAAUAGUAAUGCACUUUCUCAACUCUCAGAUUCUUGCUCAUUUGUUUAUAUAUUUGCAUUAUACCGUCUUCGCUAUUAUUAUUUAUAUUAAUAUAUUGUUUUUUAAUGAAUUAAUGUGAAAAAGAGUUUGCGAGAACAUCUGUGCAGUAAUGCACGAUGUGGAGUGCAUUUUAUUUUGUUUACAUUAAAGAAAAUAUUGUCUCUUCCGUUAGACGCGAGUGUAUCGAAUAAAUAUGAUAUUUAUAUAAAUACACACACAAUAGUUGAUUUUCAAAAAUUUAACUCAAACAAUAUUUGUUCAUUCGAGAUUUAGGUAAAGCUACUAAUUUAGAUUCGGUUAUUUUAUCUUUUUGUUGCGAAAUUGAUUCGAUUUUUUUUAAGAUGUGUGCUGAGCAAGCUCUACUGUUUAAUGGUGGAACAAAUAAUGCCUCUAAAGUUUGAUAUGGUCGGCAACUUUUGGACAAGUUGCGCAGUCAGAACCCUAUUUUGGAUGAGAGCACGCUUACAAUCGCGAGAUCUUAUAGUGUCAUGAAGGAAGGAAAAACCUAUCAUAGCGCGGUUGUUGAGAUAGAUUGGGCAUCGUUCCAUGGGAUCAUGGCGGAAAGUAAAUUUUGUGUUGGUUGGGAGAAAUGUCGGAUAUAUGACGGUGCGGAGAUUAUUGUAUACUAUAAGCUAACUAUUAUGCCAAGGAUUGUAAAGACCGAAAUAUCUGUUUCAAAUAUCAUGGUGACCACAAUUCAAGAGGUUGUGACAAGGAAUCCAUAGCUAAGUGCAUGGAUUUCAUUUGGUCAAAAGAUCACUUGAAUCUGAAUGUUGAUGUGAACCACCCGACAUUAAGUAAACGAUGUCCUGCGUAUAUUAACAAACUGAACUUGGUCAAACACGCAUUCUACAGUAGUCAGGCUUCAAACUAUAAGACUGCAUUCAGAUCCGCAAAUGACAGCGUGGUUGAAUAUCUUGGUGUCGAGAGUUAGUAGUAUACAAUUCACAUAGGCCUAAUUGUUUGGAUAAUAUUUUUCAGGCGUUACACGAGGUCUCGAUAUCCUACGAAAACAUAACACUUCAUGGUGACUUUAAUGUUAAUUUGCACGUGAACGAUUCACGUUCCAAUGAACGGCCUAAGUGGACAUCAACUCUUGGACUGAAAUUGGUGAACUCCUGACCCACACGAUAUGCCCCGCGUUGUAAGCUGGUUUUGUUAGACUUUAUUUACGUUACUGAUUCACUAUGACCAAUUCCCUUUCUGGUGGGAUAUCUGAUUAUGGGAUGUUCUGAGAGAUUGGUUCCUUAUUAUGGAUCUAGGUAUCAAUUAUGAUACUCAUAA